AUGCAGGGUUUCGGGGCGGGCCCGGCCAGCCUGACGCGGCGCCCUCGGAGCGGCGCCUGGGGCCGCGGCCCUGGACCCCGACAUCCCGGCGGGAAGGAGGCGGCUCGGCGGGAGCCCGGGAAAACGAGAGGGCGCCCCGCUCCGCCGCCUCCUCCAACCUGGGGGGAUGACCCCGGAUCACCCAGCCGGGGCGACCCCUUAUGCCUGGACGGGCCUUCCCGGGGGAUUACCUUAUCCCACCUCCCCGGCCCCACCUCUUUGGACGCGAGAGCCACUUUCCCCUCUUUUCUGGGACAGUUAAAAUGGAGCCGGCGGCCCGGUGGUAGAGGAUCUGGACGCCUCGUGUCCAGCCGGGGAGCGCGGCGGGGCAGCGCUCUUGUCUCUGAGGUUCCCCGAGAUGCACGUGUCACCGGUGGGCGCCCCGAGGCAUCCCCGGGACCCCUUUGGUCAGGCGCUCGGUUCAGAGGUGUGUGCACUCCGGGGAUCAAGACAGCUCGUUCCGGCGAGGCGAAGCGCAGGCGGGGCCGGAGGUGCCGGGAGAGGCCGCCUCGCCUUCCCGGGAACCGGUGCCUGGUGCAGCCUCCCCGCGCCCAGGGCCGCCCACCACCCCUCUUGCUUUUCACAAUGUGGCUGCUGAUGCCGAAGUACCUCCUCACUGGCAUUCUGUUUCUAGAAGUCAUUCAGAAUUCAAAGGAAGUGCUCACUUUGCUGCAAGAGAAAAACCCCACCUUUCAGCCAGUUCUGGCCAUUAUUCAGGCAGGUGAAGACAACCUGAGGCAGAAAAUAAACCAGAACUUGGCUGAGGAGGCUGGUCUGAGCAUCACCCACCUCUCUCUUCCUCCAGAGAGCAGCGAAGAUGAGAUUAUAGAUGAAAUCUUGAAGGUCAAUGAGGACAUCCGAGUCCACGGCCUGGCCCUUCACGUCUCCGAUAACACAAACGCGUUUAGCAGCAAGGUGCUGAAUGCCCUGAAGCCAGAGAAAGAUGUGGAUGGAGUGACAGAUAUAAACCUGGGGAAGCUAGUACGUGGGGACGCGCAUGAGUGCUUUAUUUCACCCGUUGCCAGAGCUGUCAUUGAGCUGCUUGAAAAAUCAGGGAUCAACUUAAAUGGAAAGAAGAUCUUGGUGGUCGGGGCGCAGGGGUCGCUGGAGGGUGCUGUGCAGUGCCUGCUCCAGAGGAAGGGCGCCAUGACGAUGAGCUGCCAGUGGGAAACCCCUCAGCUUCAGAGUAAGCUUCAUGAGGCUGAGAUUGUGGUGUUAGGCUCUCCCAAGCCAGAAGACAUCCCCCUCAGUUGGAUACAACCAGGGACGACAGUUCUCAAUUGUUCCCAUGACUUUCUAUCAGGGAAGCUUGAGUGUGAGUCUCCCAAGGUGCAUCCCAGCGGCCUCAUUGUCGAGGACGACGUGAGUCUUUUGGCGUCAGCUCUGCGGAUUCAGAACGUGGUCAGCAGUGGACGGCGGUGGCUCCGAGAGCAGCAGUACACGCGGUGGAGACUGCGCUGCCUGAAACUGCAGCCUCUCUCCCCUGUACCCAGUGAUAUUGAGAUUUCAAGAGGACAGACUCCCAAAGCUGUGGAGGUCCUGGCCAAGGAGAUAGGCUUGCUGGCAGAUGAAAUUGAAAUCUACGGCAAAAGCAAAGCCAAAGUGCGUUUGUCUGUACUCGAAAGGUUGAAAGACCAAGCAGAUGGAAAAUACGUCCUAGUUGCUGGGAUCACGCCCACCCCUCUGGGUGAAGGGAAGAGCACCGUGACCAUUGGUCUUGUCCAGGCCCUGACCGCCCACCUCAGCGUCAACUCCUUCGCCUGCCUCAGACAGCCUUCUCAGGGACCCACGUUUGGAGUCAAAGGAGGUGCUGCAGGUGGAGGAUAUGCCCAGGUCAUCCCCAUGGAGGAGUUCAACCUUCACCUCACCGGAGACAUCCACGCCAUCACUGCAGCGAACAACCUGCUGGCUGCCGCUGUGGACACCAGGAUUCUGCAUGAAAGUACUCAGACAGAUAAGGCUUUGUACAGUCGACUGGUUCCCUCCGUGAACGGUGUCCGAGCGUUUUCAGAAAUUCAGCUUGCUCGACUGAAAAAGCUGGGCAUCCUUAAGACGGACCCGAACACCCUGACAGAAGAGGAGGUGAGCAGAUUUGCCCGACUUAACAUUGACCCCGAGACCAUCACCUGGCAGCGAGUACUGGAUACGAAUGACCGGUUUCUACGAAAAAUAACAAUUGGGCAGGCAAGCACGGAGAAGGGACUGUCCCGCCAGGCACAGUUUGACAUCGCCGUGGCCAGCGAGAUCAUGGCUGUGCUGGCCCUGACCGACAGCCUGUCGGACAUGAAGGAGCGCCUGGGCCGAAUGGUGGUGGCCAGCGCCAAGAACGGGCAGCCAGUGACAGCGGACGACUUGGGUGUGACAGGUGCCUUGACGGUUUUGAUGAAAGACGCAAUAAAACCAAACUUGAUGCAGACCUUAGAAGGAACCCCCGUGUUCGUGCAUGCCGGCCCCUUUGCGAACAUUGCUCACGGCAACUCUUCAGUGCUGGCUGAUAAAAUUGCUCUGAAGCUGGUUGGUGAAGAAGGAUUUGUGGUCACUGAAGCUGGAUUUGGUGCUGACAUUGGAAUGGAGAAGUUCUUCAACAUCAAGUGUCGAGCCUCGGGCUUGGUGCCCAACGUCGUCGUCCUGGUGGCCACGGUGCGGGCUCUAAAGAUGCACGGGGGCGGCCCGAGCGUCACUGCUGGUGUCCCUCUUAAGAAAGAAUAUACUGAGGAGAACAUUCAGCUAGUGGCGGAUGGCUGCUGUAACCUCCAGAAGCAAAUCCAGAUCGCCCAGCUCUUUGGGGUUCCUGUCGUGGUGGCUCUGAACGUCUUCAAGACGGACACCCGCGCGGAGAUCGACCUGGUGUGUGAGCUGGCCAAGCGGGCGGGCGCCUUUGACGCCGUCCCCUGCUACCACUGGUCGGUUGGUGGGAAGGGCUCGGUGGACCUGGCUCGAGCCGUGAGAGAAGCCGCAAAUAAGAGAAGUCGUUUCCAGUUCCUGUACGACGUCCAGCUUCCAAUUGUGGAAAAGAUAAGAACUAUUGCCCAAGCCGUCUAUGGAGCCAAAGAUAUCGAACUCUCCCCAGAAGCACAGUCCAAAGUAGAUCGCUACACUCAACAGGGUUUCGGAAACUUGCCCAUCUGCAUGGCCAAGACACACCUGUCUCUGUCUCACCAACCUGACAAGAAGGGCGUCCCGAGGGGCUUCAUCCUGCCCAUCAGCGACGUCCGGGCGAGCAUCGGCGCGGGGUUCAUCUACCCUUUGGUCGGAACGAUGAGCACCAUGCCUGGACUGCCCACACGGCCCUGCUUCUACGACAUCGACCUAGACACGGAGACAGAGCAAGUGCAGGGCCUGUUCUGA